AUGACUAUUGAACACCCUACGAUAUGUAAACACUGCUUGGAGAAAGACUCGGAGACUGACAGUCCGGCUACAAGGUUACGGCUUACCUCGGAGACUGACAGUCCGGCUACAAGGUCACGGCUAGCCUCGGGGACUGACGGUCCGGCUACAAGGUUACGGCUAGCCUCGGGGACUGACAGUCCAGCUGCAAGGUUACGGCUAGCAUCGGAGACUGACAGUCCGACUACAACGUCACGGCUAACCUCGGAGACUGAGAGUCCAGCUACAAGGUUACGGCUAACCUCGGGGACUGACAGUCCGGCUACAACGUCACGUCUAGCCUCGGAGACUGACAGUCCGGUUACAAGUCCAGCUACAAGGUCACGGCUAGCCUCGGAGACUGCCAGUCCGGCUACAAGGAUACGACUUAUCUCGGAGACUGACAGUCCAGCUACAAGGUCACGGCUAGCCUCGGAGACUGAGGGUCCGGAUACAAGGUUACGGCUAGCCUCGGAGACUGACGGUCCGGCUACAAGGUUACGGCUAACCUUGGGGACUGACAGUCCAGCUGAAAGGUUACGGCUAACCUCGGAGACUGACAGUCCGGAUACAAGUUUACGGCUAGCCUCGGGGACUGACAAUCUGGCUACAAGGUCACGGCUAGCCUCGGAGACUGACGGUCCGGCUACAAGGUUACGGCUAACCUUGGGGACUGACAGUCCGGCUACGAGGUUACGGCUAACCUCGCAGACUGCCAGUUCAGCUACAAGGUUACGGCUAACCUCGGGGACUGACAGUCCGGUACCAAGGUUACGGCUUACCUUGGAGACUGACAGUCCGGCUACAAGGUUACGGCUCACCUCGGAGACUGACAGUCCAGCUACAAGGUUACGGCUAACCUCGGGGACUGACAGUCCGACUGACAGUCCGAAUACAAGGUUACGGCUAGCCUGGGAGACUGACAGUCCAGCUACAAGGCUACGGCUAGCCUCGGAGACUGACAGUCCGGCUACAAGGUUACGGCUAACCUCGGAGGAUGACAGUCCGGCUACAAGGUUACGGCUAACCUCGGAGACUGACAGUCCGGCUACGAGAUUACGGCUAGCCUCGGGGACUGAUAGUCCGGCUACAACGUCACGUCUAGCUUCGGAGACUGACAGUCCGGUUACAAGGUUACGGCUAGCCUCGAAGACCGCAGUCCGGCUACAAGCGUCGGAGACUGACGGUCCGGCUACAAGGUUACGGCUAGCCUCGGAGACUGAGAGUCGAGCUACAAGGUUACGGCUAGCCUCGGAGACUGACGGUCCGGCUACAAGGUUACGGCUAACCUCGGGGACUGACAGUCCGGCUACAAGGAUACGACUUAUCUCGGAGACUGACAGUCCAACUACAAGGUCACGGCUAGCCUCGGAGACUGACGGUCCGGAUACAAGGUUACGGCUAGCCUCGGAGACUGACGGUCCGGCUACAAGGUUACGGCUAACCUCGGGGACUGACAGUCCAGCUGUAAGGUUACGGCUAACCUCGGAGACUUACAGUCCGGAUACAAGGUUACGGCUAACCUCGGGGACUGACAGUCCGGCUACAAGGAUACGACUUAUCUCGGAGACUGACAGUCCAACUACAAGGUCACGGCUAGCCUCGGAGACUGACGGUCCGGAUACAAGGUUACGGCUAGCCUCGGAGACUGACGGUCCGGCUACAAGGUUACGGCUAACCUCGGGGACUGACAGUCCAGCUGUAAGGUUACGGCUAACCUCGGAGACUUACAGUCCGGAUACAAGGUUACGGCUAACCUCGGGGACUGACAGUCCGGCUACAAGGAUACGACUUAUCUCGGAGACUGACAGUCCAACUACAAGGUCACGGCUAGCCUCGGAGACUGACGGUCCGGAUACAAGGUUACGGCUAGCCUCGGAGACUGACGGUCCGGCUACAAGGUUACGGCUAACCUCGGGGACUGACAGUCCAGCUGUAAGGUUACGGCUAACCUCGGAGACUUACAGUCCGGAUACAAGGUUACGGCUAACCUCGGGGACUGACAGUCCGGCUACAAGGAUACGACUUAUCUCGGAGACUGACAGUCCAACUACAAGGUCACGGCUAGCCUCGGAGACUGACGGUCCGGAUACAAGGUUACGGCUAGCCUCGGAGACUGACGGUCCGGCUACAAGGUUACGGCUAACCUCGGGGAUUGACAGUCCAGCUGUAAGGUUACGGCUAACCUCGGAGACUUACAGUCCGGAUACAAGGUUACGUCUCACCUCGGAGACUGACAGUCCAGCUACAAGGUUACGGCUAACCUCGGAGACUGACAGUCCGGCUACGAGGUUACGGCUAACCUCGGAGACAGCCAGUUCAGCUACAAGGUUACGGCUAACCUCGGGGACUGACAGUCCGGUACCAAGGUUACGGCUAGCCUCGGAGACUGACGGUCCGGCUACAAGGGUACGGCUAACCUCGGGGACUGACAGUCCGGUACCAAGGGUACGGCUUACCUCGGAGACUGACAGUCCAGCUACAAGGUUACGGCUAGCCUAG